AUGGUGAAAGGUAUAACAGAACGAAAAGAUCUUGGCGAUUUUAUUGAAUUUGGUAAAUAUACUGGAUUAUUAUGUUUACUAUAUGAAUUAUUGGUUGUUUCACAAGUUAGCAAUCUUAUCUACAUGAUUUAUGGAGGUGCUGCAGUUCGUGUAGAAGAAUGUGAUGGUCAUAAGUUUACCGGUAUGACAUCAAAACAGCAAUGUGCGAAGUACAAUAGUUAUGUGAAUUCAACAGGAGAAUGUUCAGACCUGAUCUUAGGGACAGAUUUCGAAUCAGUCGCUUAUGAAUUUCAUUAUUUCUGCGAUUCGGCAACUAAGGUUAAAAUGAGUAUAUCGUUGCAAAUGAUUGGCAUCAUGUUUGGUGCGAUGAUAUUUGGACAGCUAUCGGAUAUGUUUGGUCGGAGAGCGAUUCUUUUGUAUGGUACGAUUGGCUUGAUUGUUAGCGGUUUAGCAUCAUCAUUCAUGAACAAUUUGAUUGGCUUCACGAUUGCGCGAUUUUUCGUGAUGUUCUUCACAGGAGGAAAACAUGGCGUUUCUUAUGUAUUCAUGAUGGAAAAUUUACCUGCCAAACAUCGUAUGUGGAUGGUUACGGUUAUUACUUAUUCUCCGAACUACAUCAUCUUUACCGGUUUGGCUUAUUUCACUGGCGAAUGGCGUUUACUAUCACGAGUCGUUGCUCUUUUGACGAUUCUUCCGGGUAUUCUAUUAGUAUUUGCUUAUGAAAGCCCACGAUGGUUGAUCCAGAAAGGGAAAAUUGAUGAUGCUCGUCAGGCACUUGUUGGUAUGGGUAGAUGGGAUAACAAAAAUACUCCAGAACGCCUACAAGAGUUAGAUCUUUUGCUGGACAAAGAACGUGAACAUUUGAGAGAGGCAGCUGGAAAGCCAAAAACGAAUUACACAUAUUGCCAUCUAUUCUCAAACAGAAGUUUCGCUUCAUAUACCAUCUUCUUUGCUUAUAGUUUGAUGAUUACAAGCAUCAUCUCAUAUGGAUUGGUCUUUAAUAUGGAAAAACUUUCGGGUUCUAUAUAUUUGAAUACGAUUAUUGUUGGUUCAUUGCGCUAUGCGAUCAAUCUAAUUUGCGCCGCUAUCGACAUCAAAUUUAUCUGGGCCGGUCGAUGUCUUCUGCAUGGAUUUUCGAUGUUUUUCAUCGCUUUCAGUCUUGGCUUAGUAUUUUUUAUCACUCUAUUCGGUUUAAAUUUACAAAUGAUCGUCCGUAUUACGGCUUUGUCGGCAGCAGCAAUGUGCAGUCAAAUUUAUAUCCUGAAUGCAGUUACACCCUCGGAACUCUUUCCAACAGCUAUACGCAAUAAAGAAAUUGGCUUUAUCCAAACAUUUAAUCGUAUUGGCAAUAUCAUUGCACCACAGAUAUUUCUUAUUGGUGAAUUCUGGACUCCACUUCCCUAUCUUGCGAUGUGUCUUUUUGCCUUGGUUGAAGUAACUGCAUUUUUAUGGAUUAUUCCCGAAACCAAAGGAAAACCGAUGCCUGAUCGAAUGCCUGGAGAGGAAGAUAUGGCUUAUAGACCUCCUAAGCCUCUGAUUAAGAUUGAUCAGAACCAUAGUGAACGCAUGCCAUUGAGUGAAAUCAAAAAGUGA